GAACAUGUACGAACCAGCCCGAAGGGCAUGUCGAUCUAUGGGGGUGAAACUUAGGCUGUCCGAGAUCGCAGCGGAAUGAACAGCGAUAUUACAACAUGUGUUAUUAAACUGACAUCGAUAGUUCAUUUUAUAUAGUCUUUGGUUCAUUUACAUGAUUAGGUCACAUAUAGUAAAAGAUUAACAAGAAUUUAUUAAACAUGGAUAUUACAACAUUGUUCAGAGCGUGUGUCAAAACAAUACGAACGAGAAAUAAAGCUUUUGGUUUGAAUGGUGAAGUGGAGAAGACCAGACUGUUCAAAUCACAUACAAAAAGAACAGAGUUCAUGUUGAAAGCAAAAGAAGUAUUAGGACAGAUAACACGAUUAAGGGAUUUCAUUUUUGAGCAUAGAAAAGCUUACUUGAACUUUGCGAGUCAUUUAUCCGAUGUACCUCAAAUGUCAGAUGUUGAACGUGACAAAAUAGAUUCUGGAGCUCAGCGAAUCAUGAACACUUGCUCUCACCUGAUUAAAGUAUUCAAGAAAGAAAGUGAUAGGUUGGUUGAACCACCACAGUUAAAGGAGCAUCACAAAGCUGUGAUUGAGUUGGUCGAAAGUUAUUUGAAGACAGUUUGUAAACUUUACUCAGAGCAAAGAGCUAUUAGGGUCAAACGUGCCGUGGAAAUGCAAAAACUUGCCAAACUGGAGCCGAGCGACAUAAAAUUAGGCAAAGAUUCUUCGUCCGCAAGGAUUUCAAAAACCUCAACUGAAAACAAGGAAAAUGAAGAUCCUGAUGGAAGUGUUUUGAAAGAUCCUAAAAAAUUAAAAGAAAGAAAUGAAGAUAGUAAUCUUUCUCAUAACUUAUCAGAGGAUGAGCAGUUAUCAGCUGAAGAGCUGCAGAUGUUUGAGUCAGAAAAUGCACAGUUGUACAAUGAGCUCAAUAGUUUGUCUGAUGAAGUGAAACAGAUUGAAAGUAAAGUGGUUCGUAUAGCUGAAUUACAGGAAAUUUUCACUGAAAAAGUGUUGGAGCAAGAGGUAGAUAUAGACAGAAUUUCAAUGACAGUAAUUGGAUCUACAGAAAAUGUGAAGGAUGCAAAUGAACAGAUUAGGCAAGCAAUUCAGCGAAAUGCAGGGUUACGUGCUUGGGUCUUGUUCUUUCUCCUCAUCAUGUCCUUCACAUUAUUGUUUUUGGAUUGGUAUAAUGACUGAGGCUUGUUUGUGCUGUCUUUUGAAUUAAAUUAAGUUACUCAAA